GCAUUCUUAGUGAGGGCUUAGUGGUAGAGUUAGUAUAGUUAGGUCAUUAGUAUAGCUUAGUGGUAGUUAGUAUAGUUAGGGAUGCAGGACUUCACAGCCAUCUCGACGAACAAGAUGGCUCGUAUAGCAGAUUAUGACAUCUUUUAUACCAUUGGCGAAGGCCAAUCCGCCAAGGUCAAAUUGGCCCGGCAUCGUCUCACCAGGGCACUGGUAGCCAUCAAGAUCGUCGAAAAGACAGAGCAGCCCAACCUCCGGCAACUCUUUCGGGAGGUCAGGGCCUUGAGAAGCGUGAACAAGCACAGGAACAUUGUCCAGCUCGUGGAGAUCAUAGACACAGAGGAGACUCUUUUUUUGAUCAUGGAGCACCUCAGUGGGGGAGACUUAGCCACCUACCUGGAGGCCCAAGGCUACCUGACCGAGGAGGAGGCCCGAGGCGUGUUCCGCCAGCUGGUCUCAGCCCUGCGGCACUGCCAUCGGCGGGGCGUGGUGCACCGGGACGUGAAGCCGGGCAACAUUCUCCUGGAGGCGAGCAAGAUCAAACUUGCAGACUUUGGCCUCAGCGGCCAGUGGCACCCAGGAAGAAAACUGAACACUUUCUGUGGCACCCCUGUGUACAUGGCCCCAGAGCUCUUCCUGCGGCUGCCCUACACAGGCCCAGAGGUGGACGUGUGGAGCCUCGGCGUGGUGCUGUACACCCUGGUAACGGGAUCCGUCCCCUUCACGGGACGAGACUUCCGGGAGGUGCGGGACUGCAUCCGCACAGGGCACUACCAUGUGCCCGAAGACCUAUCAGGUGAAGUAAAAGACUUGAUACGCCGUAUGUUAAGGCUCAACCCGGCCAACAGGGCGACUUUAGAUGAUGUUCGGCAUCAUCCUUGGCUGAACGUGGGCCUGGAAAGCCCACUCCCGCCAGCCUAUGGAGAUUACCCUGGGGUGACCAUGGGGAUGACACUGGGCUGGUCGAGGGACCAGAUCCAGGGCAGGCAUACAAGCACUGGCAGAGACUGGACUGUACCCAAGGUGCGGGCCCGCACCAUCUUUGUGAGGCCGGCUGUUUCCCUCGACCUCAGCAGCGAAGAACAUACGCCUCCCGCCAGCCCUGAAGUGUCGACGCUUAUUCCCGGCUGGCUGUGGGAGGCCACGGAGCAGGAGAACCAGGAGUCGAGGGAGAAGACCAGAGAGCCUGCCACUCCCUCACCCUGCCCGGAGGCGAGGACCAUCACCCCCAGCUCAGCCCCCUCCACUCGCAGCACCCGUGAGGAGCGCAGCGCCCCAGCCACCGACCGCGCCGGUGACCGCCACGACACGUGCGGGGCCAGGCUCGCCUGUGACGCCUGCGGCGGGCGUGACAGCAGCCACACCCGUGAUACCAGCUUCACGCGGGACACCAGAGACGCCUGCGGCACCAGCCUCCCCCACGACGCCCCAAGCACCCAGGACGCCACUGGGGCCUGCGACAGAGAAGACGCCCGUGGCGCCCGCGUCCCCAGGGACACCAGAGGCGCCCGGGACACCGGCCUCACCUGUGAUACCAGCCUCCCCCACGACGCCCCAAGCACCCAGGACGCCACUGGGGCCUGCCACACAGAAGACGCCCGCGGCGCCCGCGUCCCCAGGGACACCAGAGACGCCCGCGACACCAGCCUCACCUGCGACACCAGCCUCCCCCACGACGCCCCAAGCACCCAGGACGCCACUGGGGCCUGCCACACAGAAGACGCCCGCGGCGCCCGCGUCCCCAGGGACACCAGAGGCGCCCGGGACACCGGCGGUGCCCACGGCACCCAGGACCCUCACGCCACCGUCACCCGGGACGCCAGGGGCACCUGUGACGUAAGCAGUGAAACCCACUGCCCCCCAGACGUGCCUGCUGCGGGAAGCUCCACCCUUGCUGGGCAGCCCCAGAAUUUGUCUCCAGUCACUCCCCCUGGCCUCACCCAGAAGAAGAAGGGGGUGGCUGGGAGAAUAUGGAGAGGUCUCCUUAAACAUCUUUGCUGUGGGCUGCCCAGCAAGAGGGGUAAAAAAGUGAGCCCAGAAACACCUAGGGGAUGA